GGCUAAAAAACAAGCUCAAAACAUCUCUGCCCUGCUUUCAACCCUGCCAGCUGUCUUUCUGGUAAACAUCUUCAAUGUAUUGCAAUUUCCAAGACACUGGAGAGUGUAACCUAAUCUAGUGUAACAGCUAGCUAGCUCCAGUCCUGCGUUUUGGGAUGGAUCUGUUGGAGCACCCCACACCGAUGAAUGAUCAUGCUGCUUCUCCCCCUUCGGAGCCCAAAGCCAAGAACUGCGAUCUGUCCCCCGCUAUGAGAGCCAAGAUCGAACGGAACAGACAGCGGGCUGUGAUGCUGAGGCAAGCCCGCCUGGCCAACAGACCAUGGGCUGGAGAGGGGGGUGGAACCUCGGCCAAAGUCGCCAAGACAGUCGACUCUGGGGGAGGGUUCUUCAUUGAUGAAGAGGAGAACCAAAGGACCAAGAAAGUGGUGCAUCAACCAGCCCCUGUGAUAAAGGCAGACUAUCUGGUGUGUGAUGACUGUUACAAGUCGUUUAUGGAUUCCUACCUUAGCAACGGCUUCGAUCUGGCAGUCUGUGACAACUGCAGAGACUACGAGGUUAAACACAAGCUGAUAUCCCGUACGGAGGCUAAGCAGCUCUACCUACUGAAGGACUGUGACCUGGACCAGAGGGAGCCAGUGCUGAGGUUUGUCCUGAGGAAGAACCCACACAACCCUCACUGGGGAGACAUCAAACUCUACCUCAGGCUACAGGUGGAGAAGCGCUCCUUAGAGGUGUGGGGCUCUGAGGAGGCCCUGGAGGAGGCCAAGGAAGCAAGAGAGGAGAACAGGGAGGUACAGAAGCAGAAGCGCUUCAACAAAAAGGUUAAAGAGCUGCGUUGUGCGGUGAGGAGAAGCAUGUGGACCAAGGGAACCAGUGCUCACCAGCACGAGUACGGACCUGAGGAACUAGUGGAUGAAGAGGAGGAUCUCUACAGGAAAGUCUGUAACACCUGUGGACACGAACUGACCUAUGAGAAGAUGUAGCCUCGUGUCCUUUAAACCUUAUCCCGGGGGACCACAUGGGAGUUAUUAUUUUGUGGACCCCUGUACUUGACACAUGCCUUGAAGCAUGGAGGCUUACCUGAAAUCAUGUCUCAGCACAUGCCAUACACAACGCAGACAUACAUCAGUAUUCCUCUCUUACAACAUGUUGUGCUCAGAAGCUGGUGUUAGCUGUUAUACGAUAAAAUAUGAACUGUUAAGCAUAUUAACUUCCCUUUUCUAUAGACCAUUUGUAAAAUCAUGUACUAUGUCAAAGGAUUUGCAUGUCUGAAAUGACUUUUGAAAUUGUAAUGAAAAAUGAAUAUUUUUCCAUAAUGUGAUCACUUUUUUUGCAAUAACUUGAACAUUUAGUUGGAUUACUGUGGAUGGGUGAAGCCAGGAUUCAAUCCUGACUGCAGGAGAUCCGCGUUGUAGCGGUAAAUUAACUUGCCUUAUUAUCCUGAGGUUGGCGGUUCAAUCCCCAUUUAAUAUUUUUCACAAUUCUAAAUAUUUAAAGAGAACAUUUAAAUGUCAGAUACAUUUGAGGAUCAGAUAAGAUCUGUGUUCUGUAAAUCUGGGCCCAGUUUUUCAAACGUUAUCUGAUCGGAUUUCAGCAAUCGGAUCGGAUUAAAUGCACAGAAAUAGAAUGACCCGAUUGCUGAAAUCCGAUCACAUAGUGUUUGAAAAACUGGGCCCAGAUGAGUCAAAGCUCAACUGCUUAGCCUUCCCUGAGUAUUAAGAAACAAUGUGAUGUUGGGAAAAUGUGCAGGUGGCUCAGUGCUUAACUGAACUGUCUUAGUACCCUGAGGUUGUGGGUUCUAAUCUAGAUGUACAGUAGGUGCUUUUGACUGUACUUUACAAUGUCAAAUACACCAACCUGGUCUGAGAGCAUUUCGUAUUAUUCUGUACGCAAAUCCGAGAGACUCCAUUUAUAUUGAUAUGGUGUGAUUUAUAUUGAUAUGGUGUGUAUUAAUUUGUUGAUGUCCAUCUAUUUCGUAUAUGUUAAGCCCCGUGGUUCCAGAACAGUAACCAGCAGUGGUUAUGGAGGGAAACCUUUGGAAAAAACUACUUUUUAGAGAGGUUUCCCUCUAUAAAAUGCUGCUUUUUACAGGAGGGAAACCUCAGGACUUGACCCCCAUUAGUGGUCACGGUCCACCCACCAUCAGCGAGUGUCAAUGCAACCACACUCACAGGCUCUGCCUGGGAUAGAACCUACAACCCCGCGCUUAUGUAACAGUAUAACUUUAAACCGUCCCCUCGCCCCGACACGGGCGCGAACCAGGGACCCUCUGCACACAUCGACAACGGUCGCCCACGAAGCACGGUCGUUACCCAUCGCUCCACAAAAGCCACGGCCCUUGCAAAGCAAGGGGCAACACUACUUAAGUCUCAGAGCAAGUGACGUAACUGAUUGAAAUGCUACUAGCGCGCACCCGCUAACUAGCUAGCCAUUUCACAUCCGUUACACUUAUACUCAGAGUAUACUAAGAAAGCCUCCCGAGUGGUCUAAGGCACUGCAUCGCAGUGUUAGCUGUGCCACUAGAGAUCCUGGUUUGGAUCCAGGCUCUGUCGCAGCCAACCACGACCGGGAGACCCAUGGGGCAGCGCACAAUUGGCCCAGCGUCAUCCGGGAUAUGGGAUGGUUUGGCCAGCAGGGAUGUUCCUGUCCCAUCCUGCACUAGAGACUCCUGUGGCGGGCCAGACGCAGUGCACGCGGACACGGUCGCCAGGUGUACGGUGUUUCCUCCGACACAUUGGUGCGGCUUGGCUGGGUUGUGUUUCGGAGGACGCACGGCUCUCGACCUUCGCCUCUCCCAAGUCCGUACGGGAGUUGCAGCGAUGGGACCAGACUGUAACUACCAAUCGGGUAUCACAAAAUUGGGGAGAAGUAUACUUCUUAGUAUACUAAGGAUGGGAGCUGGAAAUAGCAGUCUGUUAGUGACCUCUACUGGUCAGGGCCAUAGUCCAAGAACACCUGGGGUGUAUUCAUUACACCGAUUCUGUUGCAAUUUUUUUUUUUGCAACAGAAAUUAUUUGCUCAAACAUUUAGCAAAUUCAGUUAGUUCCCUUUCUGUUUUUGUUACGUUUGGUUCUUAAACAUUUUCGCAAGACUUGAAUACAACCCAGGUGUGGGAGUUUGAACAGACAACAGGCCCUAAGACAACCGACAUGGGUGGAACUAGAUGGAGAAGACUACCCAGAACAGAGUGCUCUGUGGGAGAAUCGUCAUUGCUAGUGUUAGGAUUUAUGUUUAUGCACUAUAGCCUGCUACCAUAUUGUAUGAAGAUGAAUAUUGUUUUGUUACACACACAAACAAUACAGAUGUACUGACCAACAUUGAGUGAAAGGCCAUAAAAGCUGUGGUCAAUCUGGAGAGGGGAGGGGUGCAUAUCUCUAAGCCAACCAGGGAGGGUAGAGCACUGGACAAUACCAUAUUAGGAACUGUUUGAGUGUAGAAUCGACGGGAAGACACAAGACGGAUCUAAUCUACGCAACGACCAGAUGCGGACAUCUGAGAGAAGGGGACAGGCUGAGCAAAGUUUAAACCUUGCUCAGCCUCUACUGCGAUAGGCCAACAGACGCGUUGGAACUACGUAAUCACGGUAUAAGAACAGCUGUUUACGUACUUCCUGCCAGUUCCCUGUUCUACCCUGCGCGGAGAUAUAGUGAACCCGUAUAUACGAAAAUUGCAUUUGCCAUUUAUUGUUUGCGUUAAUUAAACAUAAAGUUAGCAGACCUUGCUUUUAUUUAUCUGGAUACCGGAUUUGUUACACGCAGCGCUCACACUAGCCUAUGCAAGAACUAGAUUAUAUCAGAUGCUUUAGCCGACACCCGCAUAGAGGUUGUUUUGGCGGUGUCGGAACUGUGUUAGAAGUCAUAUACACAAGCGGCUCACGGCAUUAUACAUAUUGCUAUUGGCUGCAUGGCAGUUUCGCCGGGUUCCUGUCCCCUAUUUUGACAGCUAAUUUCCCACCCUGUGCGUGUGUGGGGCGCAUGUGUGUACACGAAUGUGUAAUGUCAUCUACAUCUCGAUUAGGCUGAUAA